CAGCUGGGCGGCCCCCGCUCUGAAGGUCUCACCCCUGCUUUUCAGACUGGGCCGCCGCCAUCCGGGUCGCCGCCCUGGACUGCGCGGAGGAGAGGAACCGCGAGGUGUGCAGCGCCUACGACAUCCACUUCUACCCCAGCUUCCGGUAUUUUAAAGCGUUUACAAAGGACUUUACAACUGGAGAAAACUUUAAAGGGCCCGACAGAGAGCUGCAGACGGUGAGGCGAGCCAUGAUUGACUUCCUGCAGAACCACACGGACAGAAACAGGCCUCCUGCCUGCCCGGCUCUAGACCCCAUUCGGCCCAGUGACGUCCUUUCUCUCAUUGACCACCAUGAUGGUCAUUACAUGGCCAUUUUAUUUGAGAGCAACAGCUCCUAUGUUGGACGUGAGGUGAUCUUGGACCUGAUCCCCUACGAGAACGUCGUGGUGAAAAGAGCACUGGACGCGGACGCAGCUUUUCUGGAGAAACUGGGCGUUUCUUCCGUUCCUUCGUGUUACCUGAUUUACCCAAACGGGUCGCACGGACUAAUUGAUGUCGCGAAGCCUCUCCGAUCGUUUUUUUCCUCUUAUUUGAAGUCGUUGCCGGAUGUGAGGAAAAAAUCGCUUUCGUUGCCUGUGAAGCCGCACGAAGAAGAAAAUUCUGAAGUCGUGGCCUGGAGAGAAUUUGACAGGUGGAAGCUGUACACGGCGGACCUGGAGUCGGGGCUGCACUACCUCCUGAGGGUGGAGCUGGCCGCCCACAGGUCCCUGGCCGGGGCCGAGCUGAAAACACUGAAGGAUUUUGUCACUGUCCUUGCCAAGCUGCUGCCCAGCCGGCCGCCGGUCCGGAAGCUUCUGGAGACGCUGCGGGAGUGGCUGGCCAGCCUGCCCCUGGACAGGAUCCCCUACCGUGCAGUGCUCGACCUGGUCAACAACAAAAUGCGGAUUUCUGGAAUAUUCCUUACCAGUCACAUCAAGUGGAUUGGCUGUCAAGGAAGCCGCCCGGAGUUGAGGGGUUACACGUGUUCCCUCUGGCAGCUGUUCCACAUUUUGACCGUUGAAGCCGGGAUGCACCCGGAAGCGCUGGCUGACACAGGGUUGGGAGACGCGCCGCAGGCCGUGUUGCAGGCCAUCCGGGGCUACGUCCGCACCUUCUUCGGGUGUCGGGAGUGCGGCGAGCACUUCGAGGAGAUGGCCAGAGAGUCCAUGGCCGCCGUGGAGACCCCGGACCAGGCCGUGCUCUGGCUCUGGAGGAAGCACAACCUGGUGAACAGCCGCCUGGCAGGCCAACUGAGUGAGGACCCCAAGUUCCCAAAGGUUCCGUGGCCCACUCCGGACCUCUGCCCGGCCUGCCACGAGGAGACGAACGGCCUGGACAGCUGGGACGAGGGCCAAGUGCUCCUGUUCCUGAGGCGGCACUACUGCGCGGGCAACCUCGUGCACACGGGUGCCGCCGCCCUGGCCCCGGAGCGGGCGGGGGGCCGCGCUUCCCCCGAGAGGCCAGGGGGCCAGGGGGCCGGGAGUCUCCGCCCACCCAGCGCCCUGCCCCCCAGAGCUCGCCUGUCAGACGAGUUGCACCUGGGACUGGACAGGGAGGCGGCCGGGACCUUCCUGGGGAUGGGCUUCUCCAGCCUGGACAUGAGCCUCUGCGUCGUGCUCUAUGUGGCCUCGUCCCUGUUUCUGAUGGUCAUGUUCUUCUUCUUCCGGGUCCGGUCCAGGCGGUGGAAAGUGCGACAUCACCACCCGUCCGUGUAGAGCGAGCGGUGGCCUCUGGAAGCAGCCCCGCCCGCAGCCUUAUGGACUGACCGGCGCUCCCUCCCACCCGCUCGCCGUCCAAUGGCGGCUCUGGGGUCUGGGUGGGCGUGCGGGGGCACCGCGCUCUCCCGGGGUGCUCAGUGGACCCCUUCACAGCCCUGCCGCAGGGUGGCGGUGUCCGCUCCAAGUCUGACAGUGGCAGUGGGGAGUCCAGGCCAAGUAAACAGUGUUUUGUGCCCACUUUGACCUCGAGUUUACAAGGCCCUGUUUCGAGAUUUGGAGAAAAACCCGCCCCCUGCCUCCCCGCACCGGGAGGCCCAGCCGACGAGGACCAGAGGACCAGCUGCUCUGCGGCCUUUCUCAGUGAUCCGUUUGUGAUUUGUGGCAGCUCUGGACCAGAGGGGAGGAGCCCUCUCAGCCGUCCCCACGUCCCCACCCCCACCGGGCUAGCCACGGGCUUGUGGCUUUGCCGCAUUUCAGGAACUAACCCCAGAGGCUGGGUGGAGCUUACUUGGUGGUUGGAAGAGACUGGCUGGUGGCCCGUCUUAUUCUUCAGGGACAGUGCCUUUGCUUGUUUAUCUGAUGACAAGAGACAGUGUGAACAGGGGCCACCCCCUUUGCCUGUCCUCCCAGGGAGGGGCGGGGGUGAGGAGUGGGCCGAGUCCCAGCGGGCAUCUGAAGGAUCCUGCCCCCGCUUGUAGGUCCCUCUGGGGAGUGGUGGAUGCCUGAGGCCGGCUCCAUUCACCCGGAAGCUGCUUUCUGAGGGGCCCCGGCAAGGCCCACCCUCCUUGGGCACUCGUAUACCCCAAAACAUUUAGAGGUGACGAAGAUGUAUACAGACUACCUGGACGUUUCCAUCGAGAUUUUCGUGGCUCCCGCUUCACCGGGCAAGCUCAGAGGCAGCUGUGUGCGCAUGUCACUGUGCCGGAGGAAGCCGCUUCACGCUGCCGGCUUCACGCAUUCUCGCCCACGAAGGCCACCGUAACGCUGACGUCACUGUCGCCACUUGGGGAAAAGGGACACCUGACGGCUGGAACAACUGUCGUUAGCUUGGCUGUCCCUGGGAGGGGAGGGGGCGGGGGCAGGCGGGGAGCUUCUGUCACCAGAGGUUUCUUGUUUGACCGUUUUUAACCUUUAGAGACCUGUCUUAAAGCCGAGCCCGUCUUCACAGCUAGUUACGUGCCCGGGUCACUGAACACAGCACAUGUUUCGUUUUAGCUUGAAGGUGGGCAGAUGCACACAGGUCCCAGGGAAACACGUAGACCCUUUCGCUAAACUGCCCUUCGGCUGGUGUUGGGCGGCGUGUCUCCCCUAAGCUUUCUAAGUGGCGUGGUCGGGGACGAUGUUGCCGUGUGCCACCCUGCAUCGUGACCUUUACGAAACCUGUUUCAAAGGCAGCGUCGGCUCUUCGAGUUCACAGUGUUGCAGAUUUUAGUCACCACCACUUGAGAGACAUGUCUAGACAUCCGGAGAGUCAGGAUUUUAGCAGGCCGUUAACGGUCAAGGACAGGUGGUGUGCGGGGGGACGUGCAUCUCGCACGCAGGUGUGAGCAGUCCCACACACCUCACGUGGUCUGCUCAGGACUGGACGCUGUCAUUAGGCUUCAGGCCUGCUGUCUAAAGUUGUAAGAAUUCAGGCAAUGAAUAUGGUAGUUCGGUAAUUUAAAUGUAUUUAUUUUUAAUGGAAGAAUUUUGUUUAAAAAGAAACUAAUUGACGUGGAAAUGUCAGUGAAAUUUCUUACCUGCAAGGGAAGGGAACAUUUUGUAUUUAAGUAAACUAUAAUGUGCACAUUUUAAAUAAAGAAAUGACAUUUGAAAAAAA